GAUGACGAUGACCCCACUGUAUUCGACACGGACUCGGACACCAAUUAUACCGUACCGCAAACCAAGCAACCCACACACAAACACACCACACACACCAAACCACACACACCACACACCACACCGGCCCGAGAUACCCCACCAUGCAGGUCCGACGGAAGCCCCCGUCCCGCCGACUGGCGGCUCUGGCCCUCCGGUCGCUGGUCCUCGGGUGCCUGGCGGUGGUCUCCAUCGUGUACCUCGUGGGCCUGGCAACCGUCGUCUCCGAGCACCAGCAGCAACAACUACUACAACAGCCACAUCCACCGCCACCGCCGAAGGAGGAUGGUCCCGGCGCCGGGGGCCGCCGGCCGACCGGAAUGCCUCCUCCUUCCACCGUCGGCUUUGCCGUCACGAUCACAGGCUGCGGGUCGGACCCCAUCACGGAGGGCGCCGCCAUCCUGAAGCACAGCGUACACCUGGCCUCGGCCCAGGGCCCCCUGGGCGGCUCGUACGGAUACAAGAUGUACGCCAUCUACCACCCGGGCGCGAGGGCCUGCGCGGAGACACUGGAAGGCCUGGGCUACGAGCUGGUGGAGCGGGAGACCCCCGUGGCGGUGGCAAACAUCGAGGGGGACUUUCUCCGGUCCCGGAUCGAGGCCAACGGCUGCUGUGGGGAGAAGGAGCUCGUCAAGCUCGAGGCCUACACGCUCACGGACCACCCGAUCGUCGUCCACCUGGACCUCGACACGCUGGUCCUCCGGCCCCUCGACCCCCUUUUCGACUGGAUGAUGGCCGGGGACAAGGCCCGGGACUUUGACAAGUCGGGCGUCGCCCUCCAAUGGCCGGACGCGGAGGUCCCGGAGCAGAUCAACGCCUUCUUUACGCGGGACUGUAAGCCAGCCACGUUUGUGGUCGUUGUUGUCGCUCUUGCCCUUGUCGUCGCCGUUGGCCUUGCCGUGGCGAUUGAUCUUGAAGGAAUGGGGCGCGCUUCUCCUGGCUAGUGUCUGGGCUAACGCAAUCCGUUUUUUUGUUUCUGUUGUUGUCGUUGUUCUUGCCGCUGUGCGUUGCUGCUGUGGUCUCCGUCCCGGUUUGGCCGUCGCCGCGAACGGCACCGUCUUCCGAUCCGCAGUCAACAUGUGCAGCCCCCACAAACAAAUCAAGCCCGUCCAGGGCGGCUUCCUGGUCCUCCGGCCCGACAUGAAGGUCUACAACGACUUUGUCGAAAUCAUCCGCAAGGGUCACUUCACCGAGGGCGGUGGGUGGGGGGGCCAAACGGGCGUCUUUUACGGCUCCAUGACCUUCCAGGGAAUCCUCCCGUACUACUACGACGUCCUCCACCCGGGCCAGCACGUCGAGGCCAACCACUGCGUCUACAACCAGAUGGCCGAUAACCCACGGAACAAGAGAACGGUCCACGACGUCGUCCACGGCAUCUGCAUGACGGGAGAGGACGACUGCGAGGACUGCCGGUCCAGGCCCCUCGAGGAGGUCGCCACCUCCCACUUUACGCUCUGCCAGAAGCCGUGGCUCUGCCUCCCCCAGGACGACGACGUCAUCCAGCAGCGGCUCUGCCGGAAGCUCCACCACGAGUGGCACCGGAUACGAUCGGACCUCGAGCGGACCUGGGGCCGGGACGCCUACGGGCCCGGUACCUACCAGACCGACCACUUUUACGGCCACUGCGACUCCCACGGGAAGAAGGGCUACCUCCCCAUCGAGCGGCCCUACGGGCCCGCCCCGUGAGGAAGGAGCACCGCAGCCUGCCAAACCGAUGCCGAGAGCGGGGUGAGGCGAGGCGAGGCGAAUCCAAACAAGGACCGUUCGGAGGCUCCCCCCCCCCCUUUGGCGUCCCUCGUCGCCGUCUGCUUCGUGUUUUGUUCCGCCACGUCGUCUCGUUCUCGCUGCAGCCCGGUGUCGAUGGUGCCACAGAGACGGACCGGGAGAACAGUGCGCCAACUACUCGUACUUGUUUGAGUUCGAAUUAAGACUAUCGAUUCGUUAUGAGUACGUAAAACGCGCCUGUUUUCCGUACGAUCGACUCAUACGACUACGACUCAUACAUUAACACUUACCGAUCUCAAAGUAACCGUCGAGCAGCUCAACAUUUCCAUGUAACCAACGCGCUUGGUUGCUGCGGGAUACAAAAAACUAACACUAACAAA